AUGGAUGACACGAAAAGUCCCCCCAAAGUGCUUGUGGCAGGAGCAGCGGGCUUUUUGGGAUCAAACUUGGUCGAUCUGCUCCUUGAGACUGGAUAUACAGUGAUUGGGCUCGACAAUUUUCAGAGUGGCUCAUCGCAAAAUUUGAGCCAUCUAGAAAACAAUCCCCGUCACGGUAUUCAAGAUCCUCUUCCAGAGCUUGAAGGAAUCGACCAGAUCUACAAUCUAGCUUGCCCAGCAAGCCCAGUUCAUUAUCAAAAAGACCCAGUUUCUACCUUGAAUACUUGUUUCCUCGGUACUCAAAAUCUGCUAGACCUUGCGAGAUCCAAAAAUAUACGCAUUCUGCACACCAGCACCUCAGGUUAG